AUGGCCCUGAGGGUACUGACUCGCGCUAUGGGCUCACUGAGCCUGACGCCCCCGGCCGUCGCCCCCCUCAGCUCGAGCCUGCUCCCGGCCGCCCAGGUGACAAGCAGUACCCUCCUCCAGCUGCCCUCUUCCUCAUUGUUGCUCCUCUGCCGCCCAGUGCUUACAUCUGUGGCCCUUAGUGCCAAUUUUGUGUCCUGGAAGAGUCGUACCAAGUAUACCAUCACACCAGUGAAGAUGAGGAAGUCUGGGGGCCGAAACCACACAGGCCGAAUCCAAGUGCAUGGUAUUGGCGGGGGCCACAAGCAACGUUAUCGCAUGAUUGAUUUUCUGCGGUUCCGGCCUGAGCUGGAAGCAAAGCCAGGACCCUUUGAGGAGAAGGUCAUCGUGGUCCGCUAUGAUCCCUGUAGAUCAGCAGACAUAGCUCUGGUUGCUGGGGGCAGCCGGAAACGCUGGAUCAUUGCCACAGAAAACAUGCAGGCUGGAGAUAUAAUCCUGAACUCUGAUCACAUAGGCCGAAUGGCAGUUGCUGCUCGGGAAGGGGAUGCACAUCCUCUUGGGGCCUUGCCUGUGGGGACUCUCAUCAACAACGUGGAGAGUGAGCCAGGCCGGGGGGCCCAGUAUAUCCGAGCUGCAGGGACAUGUGGUGUGCUGCUACGGAAGGUGAAUGGGACGGCCAUCAUCCAGCUGCCUUCCAAGAGACAGAUGCAGGUUCUGGAAACGUGCAUGGCAACAGUAGGCCGGGUAUCCAACGUUGAUCAUAACAAAAGGGUCAUCGGCAAGGCUGGGCGGAACCGCUGGCUAGGCAAGAGGCCUUCCAGCGGGCUGUGGCACCGCAAGGGGGGCUGGGCUGGCCGCAAGAUUCGGCCACUGCCCCCUAUGAAGAGUUACGUGAAGCUGCCCUCGGCUGCUGCCCAAAGCUGA